AUGGAGGCAAACCAGAUCUCGCGGGAGAAAAAGAAGCCAGAACCUAUCAGCAUUCCUGACGGACCUAGAGUUGUAGUCAGCUCGUCUUUGGCGACACCGGAUGUUAAGAAUACUCUCCCGACGCCGGACGCGAUGAGACUGUAUAAUCAGAACUUGGAGGGAGCGGAGCAUCCACUGGUUCCAAGAAUUAUCUCUAGCCUUGCUUCAAACAGCUCGAACAGCAGCGAAGUGAAAAGAGAGCCAGAAACUGACCAUCCAGAGAUUCCGGUGCAGCAAAUUCAGGCGAUUUCUUCCGAAGGACCGAUGAUUAGCGCGAUUGAUUUCACCGCGUCGACGAAGAAUUCUAUCAAUCCUAUGGUGCCGAUGGUGAUGUCUGAGCAUUCCACGAGUCACCCCGGCGUCCAUCAAUUGCCAACGCAACCUAUCGAUAUGGACACUCAACUUGAGGCGAAGCUGGAGAGAAAGCGAGAAAGAAACCGAGCUGCGGCGACGAAAUGUAGACAGAGAAAAAUUCAAAAGAUUCAAACCCUCGAAUCGCAUGUUCAAGAACUUACAAGAAAGAACGAGGAGCUGAAGAGCCAGAGAUACGAGCUGAAAGAGCAGUUAAAGCAGCUGGAGAUGAAGAUCAACGAAAAUCCCCAACUAAGAGAGCAAUUUGUUAUGACUCACGAUAUGCACAUUCAUCGGCCGAUCAGCGAAGCGACCAAGGGCCUCCGAUUCGGCGGAUUCAAUGAUCCCUGGUGGUCAGGCUCAAAGUGGAAUCGGGACGACAGUUUCGCCAUCCCAGACAAGCAAAAAGACAAAUUUCCGAUGCUCGAUGACCAGGGCGGUCCUCAUCGACCAUUAAAGAAUCGAGACUGGGCAAAGCGAACAGACCCAAGAGGAAAAAAUCUAAGAAAGGCGAAUCAAUACAGCGUUGAAUUUAACGGACACGCGCCCAAGCCGUACUGGGUCAUGGAAGGAGUUGAUAAGGAAACGGGCGAAAGGGAGUUCUUCGCCGGUUUGCCAGCCAAGCCAAUUUGGAGGCAGCCCAGCAAAAAGCAAAGAGAAGCGAUGAUCAACACACACGAAUACGACCACGAAGAAAUACCCGUCGAGUUCAUGCACUACCACGCCAAAAUCAGCCAGGAAUACAACCACCAGAUGAAAGCAGUGAGAGCAUUCGCCUUUGAAAAAUACGUAGAGCCCGUUUUGGUCGAGGAAGAAGCCAUAGCCCAGUGCCAGCUAUUCGUCAGACAAAAUUCGUCAACUAUUGAAGAGUUCAAAGCAGCGAAAAUUGAAGCGAAGAAAUAUCCAGUUCGACACGAUCGUUUCCUGAACUGGUAUUCUUUCUCCAAAGACAGAAGGGGAGCCAAUCUUGUUCAAAAGCAAAUCCAGCUGAUUCAAUCAAAAGUCGAUCAUUUGGAAGAAUUGAGGGGCAACGCUGGAAUGCCCGCGGAAUAUAGAGACGUUAGCAGAAGAAUUGCUUGGAACGAAUUUAGAAAUGAAUCUAUGAAAGAAGAAUUUAUGCAAAAACUUGAAACUUCUGAGCUAAAACGACUUGAGCGCGAAGAACGAGAAGUUGAAAGAAUAAGAAAAUAUAAAAGAUCGCUGGAGAAGAAGCAUAAAAAAGAGUUUCAAGAAUGGACUGCUGCUUCUAAAGACUUUUUGCACGAAAAUAAUGUCGAUGAUAAAAUUCUAUCUGCUUUGGAACGACCAACAACUCAUAAUUUCCCCGUCGACGAGUUAGGAAGACCCGAUUUGGACUCAUCAAAGAUUCAUACUGCCGAGCGUAAUUUCCGACUCACGCCGACAGAGCAAGAGUACUUCGUCCUCCGAAAAAUGCGAGAAGAACAGCGUAUUAAAGGAAACGUCGAUUUAGCGGAGCAGUUGACAAAGCAAUUUUCGGACGAAGAACUUUUACAAAUGGUCGAAGAAUUUGAGCUCGCCCAUGAAGAAGCCGAAGCAGAAAGAGCCGCUGAAGAAGCAGAAUCCACUGCUGCUGAAAAAUCUAGCAAUUAG